AUGGAACGUAUCAGGCGCAUUCGGUGGUCGAAAUGGAACAGGUGCUGGAAGGCCGGUUGCCUAGUCUGGCUGCUCGCUGGACUGGAAAGCAUCAAGAGCGAAAGCUUUGCUGGACCUCGCCGUGCGCUUCUGGCUACCCUUCCAUUUUUCUCCUUGGCCAAAGCCAAUGCAGAGGUGACCAUCGCUACCACUCAACUUCCGCCGCGAGACGCGCGGAAAGACGAGGAAUUUGCCAAGGGCAUGGCAUAUGGCAUGGUCGAUUACGAGCGCGCAGUGUCGAAGAAGAAGCGUGCACUGUUUUCGAAGCUGUGGGGCCUGCUGCCUCCAAACCCCGUCGUGGUCGAAGUGGGGAUAGGCAGCUUCCCGAAUGCACUGUACUUCGGCUCGAAGUCGGCACCCAGGUCCAUGGACGUUGUGGGCAUUGACCCCAAUGAGUAUAUGGAGCGGUAUGCUCUCGAAAACGCAAAGAAGGUCGGCCUUCUGGAACCGGAACGUGGCAACUCUUUUCGUUUCGCGAAGGGCAUCGCCGAGGCUCUGCCCUUGCCAGAGCACAGUGCUGAUGCAGUGAUUUGUACGCUGACCCUGUGCUCCGUUGCCAACCCGGACCACGCUGUGUCUGAAAUUCGGCGAGUUCUGAAGCCUGGUGGGUACUAUUUAUUCGUCGAACACGUGCUAUCCGAAACCAAUGGCUUCAUUGCAACAGCCCAAAGGUUGGCAACUCCGGACCAUGUGCUCGCUGCUGAUGGCUGUCACUUUGACCGCCGUACACUCCAGAAUAUCGAAGCCGGUGGUUUUGCCAAGGUAGAUGGGGAGUACUUUGAGCUUGAGAACUGUGGCUUUCUCAAUCCCACCGUUGCUGGAAUUGCUACUGUUUGA